CCCUGCCAGGAGCGGGCGGGGGGAGGCUGCGCCAGCAUGAACGGGACGGAAGGGAUCAACUUCUAUGUGCCAAUGUCCAACAAGACCGGGGUGGUGCGGAGCCCCUUCGAGUACCCCCAGUACUACCUGGCUGAGCCCUGGAAGUACCGCCUGGUCUGCUGCUACAUCUUCUUCCUCAUCUCCACGGGGCUGCCCAUCAACCUCCUCACCCUGCUGGUCACCUUCAAGCACAAGAAGCUGCGGCAGCCUCUCAACUACAUCCUGGUGAACCUGGCCGUGGCCGACCUGUUCAUGGCCUGCUUCGGCUUCACCGUCACCUUCUACACCGCCUGGAACGGCUACUUCGUCUUCGGCCCCGUUGGCUGCGCCGUGGAGGGCUUCUUCGCCACGCUGGGAGGCCAGGUUGCCCUGUGGUCCCUGGUGGUGCUGGCCAUCGAGCGCUACAUCGUGGUCUGCAAGCCCAUGGGCAACUUCCGCUUCUCGGCCUCGCACGCCAUGAUGGGCAUCGCCUUCACCUGGGUCAUGGCCUUCUCCUGCGCCGCACCGCCGCUCUUCGGCUGGUCCAGGUACAUGCCCGAGGGGAUGCAGUGCUCCUGUGGCCCUGACUACUACACUCACAACCCAGACUACCACAACGAGUCCUACGUCCUCUACAUGUUCGUCAUCCACUUCGUCAUCCCUGUCGUGGUCAUCUUCUUCUCCUACGGUCGCCUCAUCUGCAAAGUCCGAGAGGCAGCUGCCCAGCAGCAGGAGUCGGCCACGACCCAGAAGGCUGAGAAGGAGGUGACACGGAUGGUGAUCCUGAUGGUGCUGGGCUUCAUGCUGGCCUGGACCCCCUAUGCUGUGGUGGCUUUCUGGAUCUUCACCAACAAGGGAGCAGACUUCAGUGCCACGCUGAUGGCCGUGCCUGCCUUCUUCUCCAAGAGCUCCUCCCUCUACAACCCAAUCAUCUACGUCCUCAUGAACAAGCAGUUCCGUAACUGCAUGAUCACCACAAUCUGCUGCGGCAAGAACCCCUUUGGGGAUGAAGAUGUCUCCUCCACCGUGUCCCAGAGCAAGACUGAGGUCUCCUCUGUCUCCUCCAGCCAAGUAUCACCUGCAUAGGCCAUGGACAGUUUGAACUGGGGUGACCCCAGCGAGCCUGGGGCUGGAGAGCAGCCCCCAGGCACCCACAGUCUCGUUCCAUGCCAUCACUCCCUCCUGCACCAGCACCUCCCUGCACAAGCACUCAGCUGCCAUGUGCUGUGGUGGCCUCCCCUCUGUGUGACACUCAAAGGUCCCUUCCAGCCCAAUCCACUCCAUCUGCAGACCCCCAGCCACUGGGACACCCCUGCACCCUCUGCUGCAAGCACCCUGAGCCCCUCCCUACCGACACAGCCCCUCCCAGGGGCCCAGGGCC